AUGGCAGCUAAAUUAUAUCUAAACACUAGCAAAUCAAAAAAUUACGAAACUUUGAACAGGGCAGCCGGUUUGUUGUGUACGGCUGCUGUUGUUCUUGAAAUUCGUGUCUUCAACCCUUUGUUAGUACAAGCUUUACUUAAUGUCGAUGACAUCAAGUUUGUAAUAAACUAUGAUUAUCCUAAUAAUUCUGAAGACUACGUUCAUCGCAUAGGACGAACAGGACGCCGUGAAAAAAAGGGAACCGCCUACACCUUCUUCACCCCUCAAAAUGCUCCUAAAGCGCGAGACCUCAUAAAGGUUCUAGAAGAAGCUGGACAAGUAAUCCCUCAAGCCCUCCGUGACUUACAAUCUAGAGCUGGAAGUGGAACUAGUCGAGGCAGAUGGGGUGGCAGUGGAGGUGGAAUGAAGCGUGGAUAUGGUGGAGGAGAUGAUUAUGCUGCCAAGAAAGCUAGAUACGACAAUGGCGGUGGUUACGGUGGUGGCGGCGGUGGACGAUGGUGA